GACGCGCUGCAGCUGUUCACCAUAAGCGUGUGUGAGAGUGUCUCCAGUAGUCUUCACUCGUAACUCUGACAUCUUUUGAGGUUUCAGUUUCAGAGGCAGUCGGUGCAGCUGCAGUGAUGUCCAAGCCGAGCACGUUCACCGCGGCUCUGGCCACUAUGUUAGGAGCCACUCUCGGCGGCCUGUUCCUGUGGCGCAGCAUCCGCACACAGAAGAGAAAGGCCCUCAAGGGCCCCGCUUCAGCUGAGCCCAUACAAGCCCAGCUAGAAGCGGACGUCACGCUCUCACAGCCAGCAAGAAAAGAGCCGCAAACCCAGAAGCUUCUGCGUGCGCAUUCGCUGUUAGAGGUGCCUCCCGUGAUCGUCAGCUCGCCAGAAGAGUGGGAGACGCUCUGGCCUGAUUUCCAGACGGACCUGUCUGUCUAUCCGGUUCUGGGAUUGGACUGUGAAUGGGUAAAAAGCAUGCGUGUGUCUGUCAAAGGCAAGGCCUCGGCGGUCUCCUUACUCCAGCUGGCGACGUUCUCCGGCCGCUGUGUGCUGGUCAGACUGCUGACGUUUCGUAAUGCACAGCUUCCUCUCCCUGAGGGUCUCGUCGGGGUCCUCUCUGACCCCCGUGUGCUGAAGGUCGGGGUGGGAUGUUAUGAGGAUGGGAAACGGCUGACUCAUGAUCAUGGUCUGACUCUGAGUUGCACCGUGGACCUGCGCUACCUGGCCCUCAGACAGAGGCAAGCGGUGCUGAAUAACGGCUUGAGUCUGAAGUCUCUGGCUGCAGAUCUGCUACACGUCACGCUGGACAAAUCUCUGGAGCUGCGCUGCAGUGACUGGGAGGCGGAUGUGUUGACCCAAGAACAGAUGGUCUAUGCAGCACAUGAUGCCCAGAUCUCUGUUGCCCUGUUUUUUCACCUGCUGGGGAUGAACAAAGAGCCCCGGCUCCCCGCUGAGGGUGAAAGCGUGUUUGUCCAGCUGGCAUCAUGCUGCCAGGGGCUGGUGGACGUGCCCUUCAGGGUGCGCUAUAACGGAGAGGGGGAAGAAGGGGAGAGAAGGAGGCGAAGUCGAAAGUCCACCGUGGAGAGUCCCGAGUCUGGAGACCAGCAAGUUCCAGACCCGCGGCGGAACAAACGCAAACCACUGGGUGUUGGUUACUCGGCCAGGAAAUCACCCCUUUAUGAUAACUGUUUCCUUCAUGCUCCCGAUGGCCAGCCGCUCUGCACAUGUGACAAGAAGAAAGCCAAAUGGUACCUGGAAAAGGGUAUAGGAGAAUUGGUCAGCGACGAUCCCUUCGUUGUCCGGCUGCUGUUUGAGCCGUCAGGCCGUCCAGACUCCCAGAAGGACUACUACCUCACAGCCAAAGAGAACGUGUGCGUGGUGUGCGGGAAAGCCGACUCUUACAUCAGGAAGAACAUUGUCCCACACGAGUACAGGCGCCACUUCCCGGCUGAGAUGAAGGACCACAACUCGCACGACAUCCUGUUGCUGUGCACUUCCUGUCACGCGGCCUCAAACGUGCACGACGGGGUCCUGAAGCAGCGGCUGGCCGAGGAGCACUCCGCUCCGCAGGGCUGCGAGGAGGGCAUUCGGCUGCUUGAGGACGCAGACCGCAGGCGGGUGCGAUCGGCUGCAAGGGCUCUCCUCAGCGCCAGCAGCGGGAUGCCCCAGUCCAGGAAGGAGGAGCUCCUGUCAGUCAUCCAGAGCUUCUUCUGCAACGGACAGCAGGAGGUCACGCAAGAGAUGCUUCAGAGAGCUGCCGCGCUGGAGACCAGGAUCUUUAACGAGAGUUAUGUGCCACAUGGACUGAAGGUAGUGCAGGUGUAUGCCGAGCGCAGUCUGCGGGGCCUGAUGGAGCUGGAGCGCUGCUGGCGACAGCACUUUCUGACCAGCAUGCAGCCCCGCCAUUUGCCCCCUCUCUGGUCCGUCAACCACAACCAUGACAAAUAUCUGCGCAAGUACGGUGAGGACCUGCAAAUCCAGCUCAACUGAGCUCCUCGCCACACAAACAGAAAGAGACUUUGUGCAACAACUUCUGGGAUAGGAAGGUUUCCACUGCGUGUGCAACACAUUGGUGUCCUCGUCCUAUGUCGUUUGAGUGUGUACCAGAGACUGACUCGCCUUGGCUACAGGUAACCUAAGACUAGACUGUGGGCCCAGUUUGACUGGGCUCUAAGGGACCAGAUGGAGAUCGGGUAAGAGACUCUUUGGGGAUCAAAAGCCACUGUGGUGAACAGCAGAACGCUAAAAUCAAGGAUGGUGCAAGAACCGAAAUGGUGAUAGGUAAAAUAACAAAAAAGCAUAAUGUGCACACUUUUUAAUGUUUAAAAUGUUGAAAAGCAUUCUCAUUUCCCUGUGAAAAGUAGAAUCUACUGUAUUUUAACCAGCCCAAACCUGCUCUUAAUUCUUAAUCAUGAAUUGAAUAAAAGAUUCAUAGCUUACAAAUCUUGCAGGUUUGAGGCCAUAUUAAAUGUGUUUGUGUUAAAUCACGUUGUCUUUUGAGGCUAUACAAAAUGGCCAUUUUUACUUAUAAUGGAGCGCUGUCAUUUAAUUUCAGGCUGGUUUGUUUGUUUUUUUUUGUGGGUUUUUUUGCGGAAAGCUCAAUUUAUCUUUGUAAGACUGGACCAAAUUGAGCACGGCUUAGCACAUGAUGUCUGUACAAUGAACGAUCAUUCUUAGAGUCAGGACACCUCCAAAACACACCAGCAUAACAUCUUUCGGUGUGCGUAUAUAUAUAUACCCCUGACACACUGAAGACAGGCUAAAAUGAUGGUGGAUGAAAUUCAUUCUCGCCCCGACCAAGAUUUUGUAGUGCUAGUUUGUGUUGUGUUUGCAGUUUAAGCCCGAGAGAUUCAGCUCCAUGGGAUGGAAACAAAUAUAAAUGGCCAAAUCAAGGACACUGAAGUCUGAGCCUAACAUAAUUUAACUUAAGAAACACUACAGCUUUCCUUUUUAUUUACAUUUGUCCAUAUGUAACCUAUUAAAAGCUUGUGUGUUUCCUUAAUGUCAAUCAAUUAAAUUUCAUAUGUUAAG